UGUUGGUCAUUACGGCUGUGUAUUGCUUCUAUGGAGAACGGUCGUGCAGGGUUGGGAGGUGUUUUCUGGUGUGACACUAGUCAUAUUCAAUAUUGUCGAUUUUUCGUGAGAAUUAUCUCGGAUAAGUGGUACGGAGAUUUACUGAGAACUGCUCGGCAUCUGUCGUAUUGGAGUUGUAUUCAAACCUGCACGUGUUGAUUUGUGUCAGUGCGCGGGCCGAGUUUACCGGGAGUACGAAGGAUAACUAUAGACUACUAACCGUCUAGUGAUUACCGGGAGUACGAAGGAUAACUAUAGACUACUAACCGUCUAGUGAUUACCGGGAGUACGAAGGAUAACUAUAGACUACUAACCGUCUAGUGAUUACCGGGAGUACGGAGGAUAACUAUGGACUACUAACCGUCUAGUGAUUACCGGGAGUACGAAGAUUACUAUAGACUACUAACCGUCUAGUGAUUACCGGGAGUACGGAGGAUAACUAUGGACUACUAACCGUCUAGUGAUUACCGGGAGUACGAAGGAUAACUAUAGACUACUAACCGUCUAGUGAUUACCGGGAGUACGGAGGAUAACUAUGGACUACUAACCGUCUAGUGAUUACCGGGAGUACGGAGGAUAACUAUGGACUACUAACCGUCUAGUGAUUACCGGGAGUACGGAGGAUAACUAUGGACUACUAACCGUCUAGUGAUUACCGGGAGUAUGGAGGAUAACUAUAGACUACUAACCGUCUAGUGAUUACCGGGAGUACGGAGGAUAACUAUGGACUACUAACCGUCUAGUGAUUACCGGGAGUACGGAGGAUAACUAUAGACUACUAACCGUCUAGUGAUUACCGGGAGUACGGAGGAUAACUAUAGACUACUAACCGUCUAGUGAUUACCGGGAGUACGGAGGAUAACCAUAGACUACUAACCGUCUAGUGAUUACCAGGAGUACGGAGGAUAACUAUGGACUACUAACCGUCUAGUGAUUACCGGGAGUACGGAGGAUAACUAUGGACUACUAACCGUCUAGUGAUUACCGGGAGUACGUAGGAUAACUAUAGACUACUAACCGUCUAGUGAUUACCGGGGGUACGGAGGAUAACUAUAGACUACUAAUAUAACCGUCUAGUGAUUACCGGGAGUACGGAGGAUAACUAUAGACUACUAACCGUCUAGUGAUUACCGGGAGUACGGAGGAUAACUAUAGACUACUAACCGUCUAGUGAUUACCGGGAGUACGGAGGAUAACUAUAGACUACUAACCGUCUAGUGAUUACCGGGAGUACGGAGGAUAACUAUGGACUACUAACCGUCUAGUGAUUACCGGGAGUACGGAGGAUAACUAUGGACUACUAACCGUCUAGUGAUUACCGGGAGUACGGAGGAUAACUAUGGACUACUAACCGUCUAGUGAUUACCGGGAGUACGGAGGAUAACUAUUGACUACUAACCGUCUAGUGAGGGGUAACCCUAUCAUUGUGUCAUUAUAGUUAACAGGAUUUAUCACCAGCCUUGAGUACGGAAGUCCUCACCAAGCUAUUGUACAGAACGAGAAACUGUCUCUUUAUUGAUGGAAGUAUUGAGAAGAUAAAAUGGGUUAGACAGGCAUAACCUAAGACGCCAAGAUGAGUAGUUUCGAGCAGGCCAUGACGGCAACCGCUCUUUCCUCUGGGAAAGGCGAUCCGCCAGAGACCGAUUUGGAUUACUAUUCCAAACCGGAAAAUUACACCGGAAGUAGUUUACAGACUAUGCAAAGAUUUAAAAUUGCAAAGGACAAACAGGAUAAGGAAAAUGAAGACAAGAACAAGAAAAAGGAAAAAAAGCAACAAGGAUUUAGUCUUCUGGCAAGGUACAAACAUAUACUCAAAGGUCUUGUGGAGGAUGGUGACGAUUCAUCGUCAGAGGAGGAAGAUGAGGUAGACGAAGAUGAAAGCAAAGGAGAUGAUAGUAGUUUAUCAACCAAGAAAGAUUGCAUUAUCAUGACACCUAAAUUAGAAGGUAUAUCGGAGGACGCAGAGGAUGAAAUCAGUCCUGAACAACCUGUCGAGUCGGCAAAGAAGGAUGAAGUAUCGUUCCAUAAAAGAGAGUUACAAGAUGACAGUUCAAAGAGGGAGUCCCUUACCCCCGAUAGUAUGAUCAGGAGAAUAGAAUCAGGUACGGAGGCUGCUUCGCCAAGGUCUGGGAUAGAUCUUAGUGAGUCGCCUACUGAGAGUAACUACUCGUUUACCUCAUCCAAGAGAAAGAGCACGAUGAGUCGGGGACAUUACAUUAUGAAGACGAAAAUUGAAAAGGAAGUCCGUGCCAAAAUUGCGAGAGAUCGUUUCCAGAAAGCAUGCAGAUUUGUGAAGAUGGUGUUAAAGAUUUCCGCAGCAGCGGGCAAAGACCCGUCAGUGGAUACUGGCAUGAAGACAUUCACAGAUCUGGCAAGUGAGGCGGAGACUACAGCACAUUCGUCAGGGUUGACCUUUGACCCAUCGUAUUUCAAGGCCAAAAAAGAGAUCAACAUCAGUACAGAGGUAAAGACCAUUCUCAGCCUUCCGUCCGAGGAAAGGACUCCGGAACAAAUACAGACGGCGAUGUUUGGACUACAGAGUCUUAGGUCAUUUGCUGAGUAUCCUCUUCACAUGCAAGAGAAGCUAGCCAAGGUCGCCUGGUUUGAAAUAGUGCCGGCUAAGCGGAUUAUAAUUCGACAAGGCCAUUUUGCUGAAAACUUUUAUUUCAUUUUGUCUGGUCAAGCUGUUGUAACGUUGUUGUUACGGAAUCCCAAAACCGGUGCUUCCUUCGUCAAGACCGCCACAAUAAUGAGGAGGGGGAUGAGCUUUGGGGAGUUGGCCCUGCUCCAUCACUCUCGCCGUACGGCCACCGUGACCAGUCAGGGAGGUUGUCAACUCCUGACCAUUGGUCGCCAGGACUUCUUCGAUAUCUUCAUGAGUGGACAAGGCGACCAAAUCCCAGAACAUAUACGAUUUGUGAGCCAAUGUGACUUCAUGAAGGACUGGCCUAUCGAUAACCUACUGGAACAUCCCGAGUUCUGCCUGCUUCACUUUUUCAAACGAAAUGUGGUUGUGGUGAAGGACAGUAACUUCUCCGAGUGGUUGUAUGUCGUCAAAGCUGGAUCGUGUCAGGUACUGCGGGAACUGAAGGGCGUCAAGGCUAAAAUAAAAUAUAAAGCUUCGUUAAGUGACGAGGAUCCUAAACUACCAACACUCGGCACAAAUGAGGCCCGACCAAAGAUUGACACCGGUAUUCGGAAGAGGAAGGUGAAGUGUGAAGAAGAGGUAGAGCUAGAUAUACAGGACCAAGAGAAUAAGAAACCGAAAGAAAACACGCCCCCAGGAUCACAAGGUGGUACUAGAUAUAAAGUGAGCUUCUCCAAGGACAACUAUUCCAAGUUCCCCACUACUCAGAAAGCGCAUUUCUCUGCUAUUCGGGAACCAUUGGAGACGAAGAAGAAGUAUGAGGUUCCCCAACGAUGUAAACCCCCGAAGCCACCGGAACCCGUCAAGGAAACUAACGGCAAACCACCACCAGUAUUCGUUCAAGUAGAGGCACUCAAACCACGCGAUUCCUUUGGUUUAGAAACUAUAGUGUUUCCCGAUGAGGCUGAGCGUGAAAAUACUAGUGUUAGUCUGGUGAGUAGGGGAGCAGAACUUAUCAUGGUUUCCAAAGCCUUUUUCGUCAAACAUGCCACUCCAACGGUUAGACGGCUUAUACGUAGUCAAGUUCAACCGUACCCGGACGAGAACACAUUUCAGAAUAAUCUCCAAAUAAAAGCCGACUGGGAGUUGUACAAGCACCAACUCAUAGAAGACUUAACAUCACAUAUAUAGCUUAUCGUGUUAAUCAGGGUUCCAUUGACUACCAUGGGGACAAAACGGCUCAUGAUUGACACAUCAGUUGUGGUGCCAGUGAUAUACAAUUCUGUUGAUAAAUAUCACAUUGUGACACCGGAAGGAGUUAAAAUGCCGUACUGUGAUGUUCCUUACGGAGGAUAUUCAUUGAUAUAGACACCAAGUGGUUUAUCCUUUCUUGACCAAAUGGAGUUGCCUUUAUAUGCACCCUGUGGUGUACAUACCAGAGGUUAAUUGGUGUAAUAUAUUUUUUUGCAUAUGAAAUGAGCUUGGGCUAUGGAAACAACCAAAUCUGUCAACUGAGGUUUUACUGAUGGCAAUACCAAGGAGCCAUGCAACAGACAUCAAUGUCUUCCCAUAAAAAUUGUUAUGGAAUGUAUAUCGGGGUCUACGCGAUAAAUGUCAUCCUUCCUUUUUAGUCCUGCCAAUAAUUGUGAUAUCAUUACGAGAGAGAGUGCUUUGCCAUACUUUAUUUAUAAACUGUCCCUAUUUUAUACAGAGCUCAACGAAACACUAAUUCAGCUCGCAAAUUAAAAAAAUGAAUUGCGUAUUUGUUUUUCUUUAAUCAGUCUGGAUUAUUUUUAUACUAGCUACUUAAUUCAUUUUCAUCUUAUUAUUAACAAAAUCACAUUUAACACGGCAUCCAUGUAUAGUUACAUAUAAAACCACAGGUGCAAAAUACCAGCUUGUGUGUUAGCCAUGUAUUUGAGUUUUCUCCCAUGGAAAAUACGUACAUGGCGGGUGUCGUCGAUGAAGAAGAAGAAACUCACCCUUCUGGAACGCCUGGUCUCCCAUUACUUUAUCAAGGGUCUCCAUGCCCAUCUAUACUUAUUGUUAGUAUACGUCCUCGUUUUAUCGAAUUUGAAUUAGAAUUACAUUUUCGUUUUCAA